CAGACGGCGGGGAGCCAGUCGGAUAGUAGCAUUGAUGUUCUUCAACUAUUAGACCUGCCUCUGUGCCUCUGUUGGAAGAGAACAAGGAAGAAAGAUCUUGCGAAGAAUCCAGCAUUGUACUAUGAAGUGAGUGACCAGGAGCCACCAAUUUGGAGCACCAGCUUUUGACCUUUGCUCAGGAAGAUAUCAGAGGAUGCUCCAGGAUGAAACGCCUUAGGCCUCUCAGCAGCACUGACAGUUCAGAUGAGUGUCCUUCCACUUCUUCUACAUCUGGCCCAAUGCAUAGGAGCAAGUCAAAUAUUCCAAAAGAACACAAGAAGCUUGAUGAGGUAUUCCGGAAGGACCUCAUCAGUGCCAUGAAAAUUCCAGAUUCUCACCACUUGAAUCCUGACACCUAUUACCUCUUUUCGGACACAUGGAAAGAAGAAUGGGAAAAGGGAGUCCAAGUGCCAGCCAGUCUAAACACUGUUCCAGAGCCUUCUGUCAGGAUUAUAGCCGAAAAGGAAAAGGAAGUUCUGUUUGUCCGACCACGGAAAUAUAUCCGUUGCUCCAGCCCAGAGAACACAGAGCCUGGCUAUGUCAACAUCCAAGAACUGGCAGCAUCCACAUGUCGCUAUGACCUAGAUGACAUGGACAUCUUCUGGCUUCAGGAAUUUAACGAAGACCUCACAGAAAUGGGUUAUGGGCCAGUUGAUGAGACGCUUAUGGAAAAAGCAAUAGAAGUCCUGGAACGUCAAUGCCAUGAAAAAAUGAACCAUGCUAUUGAGACAGAAGAAGGGCUAGGCAUAGAGUACGAUGAAGAUGUCAUCUGUGAUGUGUGCCAAUCUCCAGACAGUGAAGAAGGGAAUGAUAUGGUAUUCUGUGAUAAGUGUAACGUCUGUGUUCAUCAGGCCUGCUAUGGCAUUCUAAAGGUCCCAGAAGGCAGUUGGCUCUGUCGCUCCUGUGUUGUGGGCAUUCAGCCACAGUGUCUGUUGUGUCCAAAGAAAGGUGGAGCCAUGAAGACCAACAGAACCGGAACUAAGUGGGUUCACGUCAGCUGUGCACUGUGGAUUCCAGAGGUCAGCAUUGCUUGUCCUGAUAGGAUGGAACCAAUCACAAAGCUGUCACACAUCCCACCUAGUCGGUGGGCCUUAGUUUGCAGCCUGUGCAAGUUGAAGACAGGGGCUUGUAUUCAGUGCUCCGUGAAAAGCUGCAUCACUGCCUUCCAUGUCACCUGUGCCUUUGAGCACAACCUAGAGAUGAAGACCACCAUAGAUGAAGAGGAUGAAGUAAAGUUCAAGUCUUACUGCCUCAAGCAUAGCCAAAACUGGCAGAAAGCGGGAGAUACUGAGCACUCCCACCACAGAGCUGCCGAGCAGAGCCAGGCCAAAAGUGAGAAAACCAGCCUGCGGGUACAGAAGCUUAGGGAGCUAGAAGAGGAAUUCUAUACCUUGGUCCAAGUAGAAGAUGUGGCAGCAGAGCUGGGGAUGUCCACACUAGUUGUGGACUUCAUCUAUAACUACUGGAAACUAAAGCGCAAAAGCAACUUCAACAAGCCAUUAUUUCCUCCAAAGAAGGAUGAUGAAAAUGCCCUUGUACAGCCGAAAGAGGAAAACAUUCACACUCGCAUGCAAAUGUUUAUGCACCUGCGGCAGGACCUGGAAAGGGUCCGAAAUCUGUGCUACAUGAUAAGCAGGCGUGAGAAGCUGAAACUAUCACAGAGCAAAAUACAGGAACAGAUCUUCAAUUUGCAGGUCCAGCUUCUUAACCAAGAAAGUGUUGCAGGACAACAAUUGACAAAUGCACUAGAAAGUUCAUUGUUUUACCCACCACCAAGAAUUACCUUAAAGUUAAAAAUGCCCAAAUCAACCCCGGAAGACUGCAGAAACAGCUCCACAGAGGCUGACCACCAACCCUACUCUCCUGGCAGCAGCUCCCCUGGUUCCAAUAAAAGGAGCAUGCAAGUGCCUCCAGAGCCUCUAGAAAUGAAAAUGAAAACGUAUCUAAGACAUCCACUAGAGAGCAAGAGUAACUGUUUUCCGGACAGUCUCAGCCUUUCUCGGAGCGAAGCAAAGGAUUCCAGUCCUACUUGGAGAGCUCCAUCUUCGGAGUUCUAUCAUGGACAGUCACUGGGGAAACCUCUAGCUCUUCAAGCUGCCCUCCAUGGACAGUCUUCCAUUGGGAAUGGGAAAAAUCAGCCUAACCCCAAGUUUCCCAAAUCCAAUGGCCUAGAGGGCAGCUGGUCUGAGAAUGUCACCCAAAAAGAAAGUUCAAGUGAAGUGUUCUGUGACCAGGAGUCCAUGCUCAGCUCUCACUUGGCUAGUCAGGGUACCUUUAAAAAAUCCACCAUGGAACACUUCAGCAGGUCCUUUAAAGAGGCCACCAACAGAUUGGUGAGGACCUCUGAGGAUCUUCAAUGCUGUGUGAAACCAGCCAAGAAUAUGAGCCCUAAAGAACCUUUCUGGGGUAGGCAGCUUCUUAGGCGGUCUGCAGGGAAAGCUUCAUACCAGGAAAAUGACGGCUAUUGCCCAGAUUUGGAGUUAAGCGAUUCAGAAGCUGAAAGUGAUGAGAAUAAAGAAAAGUCCAGGGUAAGGAAAGAUAGCUCAGAUAGGGAAAACCCUUCCCAUGAUUCUAGACGGGAUUGUCAUGGUAAAAACAAGACACAUCCUCUUUCCCAUAGUUCAAUGCAAAGGUGAUUAGCAACUCCCAAAGACAACCCAACCUUUGCCUUUGCCCCAUAUAUUGGGGGAAAUCCAUACACCAAAAGGAUUCUAGCACAUAUUGGAAGAAAUUACAAGGAAAAGGAUGAAAGUUUCCAUAAUAAAUUGGGUUACAGUUUUUGAAAAGAUUUAAAGUCUUAGUUUUUACAAGCCCAUUGGAAAAACUACAGAUUGUCUGGAAGCUGGUUUGUCGAAGCUAUUGGGAAUUGCUGGGCCCAGAGUAUGUAUUCAGUAAAUACUUUAGGGCACUUUCCAUUUAUAUUAACACAUUAAUGAGUCUUUGUAUUGAGAGUCUUUGCAUUCAUUGUUAAUGGAUUUGUAAGAGACUGUGAUCACCAUAUAUUAAAACUACUUGUCUUUUGCAGCUACAGCAUGUGGCUCCUAGAGGGCCUGUCUGUAGAGAUUUUCCAACUCCAUGGUGUCUUUAAGGGACAGACCAGGAGACAAACAUUCUCAGAUACUGUCAAACUCACUCUUCCUUUGCUCUGCACAAGGUUGAGUUGUUUUCACAGUAUUGUACCUUAACAAGUCAAUUCUCCUAUUGCUUACAAGUGUCGAGUGCCUGUUCCUAGACAUGUUUGUUGGGGACACAGUCAUAACUUACCCAGCUAACAAACAUAAAAAACUAACUUGUGGAUAGUGUUUACAGAAGUACCGAAGUACUACUUCCAAGGAAAAUGCUUUGAUUCUGUUUAGACAUUUGUAAGAAUCCCAAAGCCUUUCCCAAAGUGAGACCAUUUCUGGGAUAUUUGUACUAGGUCAGGGUUUUAUGUUGUUUUCAAAUAAGUUUGACUAAAAUAAGUUUGGCUGACAAUUUUUGUAUACCUGCUUUAAUGUUUGUAAAGUUUUUAUUGAGGUAUAAUUAAGAUAUAAUAAAGUGCACAGAAGUUAAGUGUUCUUACCUGCUUUAAUUUUGAAACAGAUUUCUAUUGUCAAAAUUUGAAAGCAUGUGUUUAACACAUGGAUAUAAUUUAGCUUUGUAUCAACUUGAAUCUCAGGCAGUUUCCCAAACAAAAUGGCUGGAGCCAUUUUUCAGAAGUUGUUUAUAUCCUGUUCCCAAAUGAUCAGCCUUGAUUAAUAUCUGGAGUAAGAGAAUAAUUACAUUUCAAAGGGAGGGGAUAAAAUAUGUCUGCUUCUCAUUUAAGAAAGUGGAAAAGGUUGCAGUUUUUA